CCAGUAAAAGCAGCAGCAUCUAAACACCUCUGAUCCAGGAGAACGAGCCUGCACGCCAGCUUUAUUCGUUUAUCCCCAGUGAUGUAGGAUUAAGAACUCUGCAUAUAAAAUAAGCUACUCUAGCACGUGCAGUGGCUAUGGUUCGAGACACACAGACGUAACUUCAGCAGGCAGGUGAAAAUGAAUAGAAAGGCUGUUCUGUAUCUUUCUUGGAAUAUAAGCUUCAAUAAAUUAUGCAUUCUAUGGUGAACUGGAUACCUGAUUGUGGGAUCUAAAUAAUGCAAAUCUAUACACAGUUCUAACAGCAAAGAAUGCAGAAAACUGUAACAAGGCUUUCGCUGCAGAUUAAAGAAUGUCUCACUAUCAUUUUAUCAAAGGCUGCUGUUUCCAGCUUUGUAAUGUUUUUCGAUCACAUGACAUGGAAAUUGACCAGUGUUUGCUGGAGUCCCUUCCUUUGGGCCAGCGUCAGCGACUGGUAAGACGUAUGCGCUCUGAUCAAAUAAAGGCUUACUAUGAACGUGAGAGGGCUUUGCAAAAACAGGAAGGAUAUAAAAAAAGAAGCAAGCAAAGGAAAAAUUACAGAGUGAAUUUUCAGCUUCCUGACAGAAUUCAAGAUGCAAUCAUCAACCACAAUGAUAAAGAAGUUUUGCAAUUACUAAAGGAUGGAGCUGACCCUCAUACAGUUGUGACUUCGGGAGGAUGUUUAUUACAUCUGUGUGCACGCCAUGAUAAUGUCUUUGCUGCUGAAAUCUUAAUUGAUAGAGGAGUUAAUGUAAACCACCAAGAUGAAGAAUAUUGGACAGCAAUGCAUGUUGCGUGCGCAUGUGACAAUCCAGAUAUUGUCCUUCUACUACUUCUCUCAGGGGCCAAUGUUCUGCUGCAGGAUGUGAAUGGAAACAUAGCUCUUGACUAUGCCACUGACGGGACAGAAUCCAGCUGUAUACUUCUCACGUAUUUAAAAGAAAAUGGGAUUGAUCUGUCCUCCUUGCGGCAGAUGAGAACUCAAAGAGCAAAGGUCAUGUUUUCUGAUGUCAAGCAGCUGGUAGCGGGAGGUGGAAGUGUUAAUGAAAAGAAUGAUGAAGGAGUUACUCUGCUCCACAUAGCCUGUGCUUAUGGCUAUAAGGAUGUAGUUCAUCACCUCUUAGAACAUGAUGCUGAUCCAGAUGCAGCUGAUAACCAAUACUGGACCCCACUUCAUCUGGCUGCAAAAUACAGGCAGACAAGUCUUGUUAAAAUGCUUCUGAGGCAUCAAGCAAAUCCCAAUAUUCUGAACUGCAAUGGGGAUAAGCCUUCAGAUAUUGCUGCAACAGAUUGUAUUCAAGACAUUUUAUUGAAAGCUGAAGCUCAUUUAGAAGGAAGAAAGAAAAGUUUAACAUCUUUAACUGCAGUAUUUCAAGAGGAACCAUACGAAGAGAUUUUGCAUGAUGUUCCUGUAGUUGCCAAUAAACUACGUCCGCUUACUGUACCAAUCUCCAAGCAGGAUAGUUUGCUGGAGAAAGACACAAUGUUCAAAGAUUCUGGAAAAAUGCUAAGCAAAAAUUGUUCUCAAGAAAGUACAUUGGAAAAAGUAACUCUAAGUAGCAAAACUAAAUUGGAACAGAUCAAAUUAAUGCCUGCAGCUCCAAAUGAUGACUUGGCAACCUUGAGUGAGCUAACAGAUAGCAGCCUGUUGUAUGAAAUUCAAAAACGGUUUAGUAACAAUCAAAUAUAUACUUACAUUGGAAAUAUUCUGCUGCUUGUCAAUCCAUACAAGGAACUCCCAAUCUACUCUACAUUGGUCACUCAAUUAUACCACAACAUUUCUGGCCGCCUGUGUUCCUCACUUCCUCCACACAUAUUUGCCUGUUCAGAGAGAGCCUACCAUUUGAUUUUUCAAGAGAAACGACCUCAGUGCUUUAUCUUAAGUGGUGAAAGUGGUUCUGGGAAGACAGAAGCUUGCAAGCACAUUGUGAAACACUUAGCCUUAAGGAAUGGGUUGAGUAAAAAUUCAUUCCAUUCAAAGCUUAAACAUGUGAACAACAUUUUAGAAGCUUUUGGGCACGCCAAAACAACACUUAAUAAUUCCUCUAGUCGUUUUAUAAAAUUCCUUGAGUUACAAUAUUCUGAAAGAAAACAAGCCUUAAUAGGAGCCAGAGUAUACACAUACAUGCUAGAAAAAUCUCGUCUCCUCAGUCAUAGUCCAGGACAAAGCAAUUUCCUUAUUUUUUAUUUUAUGAUGGAUGGCCUGUCGUCUGAAGAAAAAUAUAACUUAUACCUCCAGAGCACAUCUCAGCACAGGUAUCUGAACCAGACUAUACCAGAGGAAACAUCUAUAACAGCAAGCACACAGAACAGGGAGAAAUUAACUAACCUGAAACAGGCCUUGAGUGUUUUUGGAUUUAACAAUCUAGCCAUAGAGAACCUCUUUAUGAUCCUCUCAGCCAUUCUGCACAUUGGAGAUAUUCGAUUCACUGCCUUGACAGAUGCUGAGACAGCCUUUGUGUCUGACCUACAACUACUGGAACAAGUUGCUGGAAUGCUGCAGGUGUCAGCAGAUGAGCUUUCCACUGCACUAACAACAGAUGUUCAGUACUUUAAAGGAGAUAUGUUAACUCGCAGGCACACAAUGGAGACAGCCGAGUUUUGCCGGGACCUACUAGCAAAGUCACUGUAUUGUCGUUUGUUUAGCUUUUUAGUAAACAAUGCCAACUUCUACCUCCAAAAUCAAAGUGAUCAAAACAGCUGCUCAUCCCUUUCAAUAGGCAUUUUGGAUAUUUUUGGCUUUGAAGACUUUCAGAAAAAUUCCUUUGAACAGCUGUGUGUUAAUUUGACCAACGAAAAGAUCCACCAGUAUAUCAAUGAAGUGUUAUUUCUGCAAGAGCAAUCAGAAUGUGCAGAAGAAGGAGUUUCCAUGGAAACCAUAUAUUGUCCUGGCAACCAUACAACAGUGCUAGAUUUUUUCUUCCAGAAACCAUUAGGAUUUAUGUCUAUCCUCAGUGAGGAAAGCCAAUCUAUCCAUUCAAUGGAACAUAGCCUGUCCAAGCGUCUUCAGUCACUUCUGGAAACAUCAAAUACAAAUACUGUGUAUAUUGCUGCAAAAGAUGGGAAUGGCAAUGUCACAUCUAAGGAACAAGGUCCUGUCUUCACAGUUAUGCACUAUGCAGGGAGGGUAACAUAUGACAUUUCUGGAGCAAUUGAAAAAAAUAAGGAUUUGCUACCACAGAACCUUCUUUUUGUUAUGAAAACAAGUGAGAACUUAGUGGUCAGUCAGAUUUUCCAAUCUAAACUGACUCAGACAGGAUCCCUUAUUCCUCCAUACCCUCCACAUGGACUCAGAGGACCAAAAACAGCCUUACUUUUUAAAAAGACAUCAUCCACUUUGAAUGAUGAUACCAAAAAAGUUUUGGAACUCAGUAAGUUAUUAAAAAAGAAAGGUUCAUCUUCAUUUCUUCAGAAGUUAGAACGAGGCGGCCCAACCACUGUGACUGUACAACUCAGGAAAACUCUCGCAGAACUUAUAGGAAAGAUUCAGAACAGUACUACACAUCUGAUGCAUUGCAUCAAACCCAACAGUUCUAAGCUUGCAGAAACCUUUGAUAAUUUCUAUGUGUCUGCACAACUACAAUAUAUUGGAGUACUGGAGAUGGUCAAAACUAUACGGCAUGGCUACCCUAUACGUCUCACUUUUCCUGACUUCUUGUCAAGGUAUAAACACUUGACUGAAAUUGUUACAAGAGAAAAACAGAAAACAUCUCCUGAGGAGAAAUGUCGCCAUGUUCUUGAGCAAUGCAAGCAACAUGGAUGGCAGAUAGGAGCUCGAAGAGUGUUUUUGAAAUACUGGCAAGCUGAUCAGCUCAAUGAUAUGUGCCUUCAUCUUCAGAGGAAAAUCAUACUGUGUCAGAAAGUUGUAAGGAAAUUCUUAGCUCGUCAACACUUGCAACAGAGAAUGAAUAUUAAAAAGAAUGAGAUUACCUUUGUAAAAGACUUUCUUGAAACUGUGGAAAACAUUGGGCAGCAAACCUACCAUUCCUUGGUUAUCCAGAAUGCAUCUGACAUCGCUCGAGAGAAAGACAGAUCGCGAAACGAAUCAGAGCCUGCACAUAAACUGGAAUCAAUGUAUAAGAAAGAAGAUGUUUCCAAAAGAAAUGAAGAAAUCUUUAUGAAGGUCUCUGAAAACAGCCUUGUGGACUUCCGUUCAUCUGAUCUUUCUCUUUCUAGCUCUGUCCCACUUCCCAUGAGCAUUUGCAGCUCUGCACAUUCUAUGGAUGCCUCAUCUUUCAGAUCCCUUUCUUUACAUUCUGUGUUGAGCAUUGAUGAUAGUAAUAGCCUUCAAUCACCUCGGAAACAGCCACCUCCCAAACCAAAAAGAAACCCCACCACAAGACUGAGUGCUUCAUAUGAAGCUGUUAGUGCUUGUCUUAUAGCAGCUUCUAAGGACAUUGAUAAUGAAGCUCUUUCUCGGCCAAGGCCCCACAGUGAUGACUACAGCACAAUGAAAAAAAUCCCCCCACCAAAGCCAAAAAGGAGUCCUACCACCAAACUGAGUGGAUCUUAUGAAGAGAUCUCCUCCAAAAGGUCUGGAGAAAUAAGGACCUUAAAUUCCAUCAUCAGGAAAGGCUGCCGGGAAGUUGUGACUAUAAAAAGGGCUGCCUCUGCUGAUGGACCUCACAGAGGAAUUUUAACUCUGUAUAUGUCUCAAGACAAUGAGAAUGAACCUGUGUACAUAGAAAUGGUUGGGAAUGCAAAGAGGAACAUUUCCACAGAUGCUGAGAGCCCAGAACAAGGAGAAGCAGUAUAUGAAGAGAUGAAAUACAUGAAUCCUCAUCAAACAUGUAAUAAUGCUGUACUGACAGGGAUGUCUCAAUCAUUUCUGCAAAAUAGGAAUCUGGUAAAAUAUGAAGACACUGGUAAAAAAGUGGACAUAAAUGCUAAGGAAACCUAUGACAUACCAGCUCCAUUUCCAAAUCUUCUUACGCACAGGCCUCCUCUACUAGUGUUCCCGCCAACACCAGUUACAUGUUCUCCUGCUUCUGAUGAAUCCCCUUUAACACCACUUGAAGUUAUAAAACUGCCUGUACUUGAAACAAAUAUAAAUUAUUCUAUGCAACCAGAGACUGCAAGCCCAAUCUCGCCUCAGUGCUCGAAACACCAAAAAUUAGAAAAUGAAAGACCAUCGUCGCCAGCACUAACUGUUUUUAGUGUGUCAAGUAAAAUGUCACCUCCGUGUACGCCACCUCUCCCACCGUCUUCAGCAUCUUAUCAGUGUGCUACAAACUUUAAUUUUCCCACAGAGAACACAUAUACAUUAUUAGUUAGUACAGGAAAAAAGACUAUUAAUUCAGAUGUUUUAAAAGUACAUUCAAAACCAAAUUCGGAUGCAACUGAUGGCUCCUCUAGUACAUUGACUAAACAGCCCUUAUCAUCUCCAGUAAAGAUUGCAAGAGCAGUACAGAAUAAAUCACAUUUAAUUUCUCCUUCUUUGUUAAAUACUUUAUCCAAUUCUAGCCAACUAACAAGUCCUCUUGAUGAAUUGACUACGCUGUUCAAUUCGGGAAAGAGUUUACUGCGAAAAUCGCCUGCAGGAAGAAGAAUUAGAGAACUUGAAGGCAUUGAAGUAAACAUGAACCUUAGUAGCCUACAAGAUCCUGCCAUGUCAGAUUCCCAAGACAGCAAUGCAAAUAACCAAGAAACAUCUUCAUCAAAUUCAUUGUCCAGUUGUGCAGCUUUUGAGAAUGGAAAUUCAUUAUCUAAUGCAGUUGAAGAUAUGAACUGCAGAUUCCGUAGCAACAACACAAGUUCUUCAAUGUCAAGAAACAAAGAAAGCCAUAGUAGUCAGGUUAUUCAUCACUUACGUCUAUCAGAAAAUGAAAGUGCUGCGUUACAAGAACUAAUGGACUGGAGGCGAAAGCUUUGUGAAGAGAGUGAGGAUUGGCAGAAAGAUAUAACACAAGCUGAGCAGAAACAAACUCCUUCUCAGACGUCUUAGAUGGAAACACAGCCGUUCCCCUCCUAUUAAGACCAAGAAUAUUUCCUGCUCUUGCUUAUUUUUUAAUCUUGUCCAUAUGAACAAUAUCGAUAUCAGAGGAGCUGCUGAAUUCCAUCUAUUUCACUGAAGUGUUUUAUUUUCAUUUCCUUUUUUUUUUUUAACAUACUGCAAUAUAUAUGUAUACAGCAAGCAUGAGUAACUUGUCUCUGUGAUACUAUGUGUGUGAUUUAUGUUUUUAUACAUGGUGAUGAACUAUGCGCGUUGUGUUCCAGGUUUCUAAACUAUAUAUUUGAAAUAUUCCAAUACAACUAAUCAUUCCUUAAAAAAAAAAAACCUAAAAGAUGAUUCUGUGGAAUCUUCGUCAUAGCUUGAAUUUGGUAUCCAUAAUAGAGAAAUGUUUGUGGGUUCCAGGGGCUGUAAUGACAUAAUACAUAAUGAUGCUUCUUAUAGAUAUAUCAAUAUAUCUACAUGGAUAUAUAGAUAUAGGAAUAUGUGUGUAUGUCUAUGUAUAUGUGUAUACAUGUACAUAUAUUCAUGAACAUACAAUGCAUGUAUGUGUGUAAUUUUAGUAGAUGUCUGUGUUACAUGACAAUUGCAAAAACAAAAAAAACCUGUUACUGCCACAAUUUUAUAACUAUUGAAGUGGUGCUGUUUUUCCUUCUAAAAUCAGGUAAUAAAUACAGUACUGAUACUUAAA